AUGCUGGUCGCGUAUGAGUGGAGUACCUAUGCCUUGAAGCGCAAGGCUUUACGCGUAUCCGAAAUCCCGAAAGGGUCGCAGAAAACAUCCUAUUUUCUCCAACUACCUUACCGCUUCAGGAUUCCAUUGAUGGCGACGUCUGCCCUUCUCCACUGGCUGACUUCUCAGUCAAUCUACUUGAGCAGCCAGGAUAUCCUCACCUGUGGAUACUCUCCAUUGGGCAUCCUGGCAGUCAUUAUUGUGGGAUGUAUGAUGAUUGUUGCGGCCUUCGUCAUCGGCCGGAAACAUUUCACGCCUCUUGGUCAGCCUGUGGCAAGCAGCUGUAGCGCAUCAAUAGCAGCGUCUUGUCAUCGCGAGGCAGAGUCUGACGAGGAUGAUAUUCAUCUCAAGCCUGUCCAAUGGGGAGUUUUGAAAAUGCAAAAUGGAUUUGGAAGUCUUGGGUUCUCAAGUGAAGAAGUCACUGAAGUUAAGGAAGGCGUUCUAUACGGCGGUACUCGAGACGAAGAUGGAGCUUUCGACAGCUUAACUUUUGGAAGCCGAUGAGGUGCCACUUUACCGUCUCCUUAUUAAGUUAUCAUGCCCAAUGCAUUCACUGGUCACUUUCCGCUUCAUUCGUUAGGCGCUACCAAAGC